UCAUUUUAGAAAGAGAGGGUAGGGAAGGAUGAGGACGAGAUCAGAUCCUCACUUCUCAGUGCCGUCCACCUCAUUGUCAGUGCCAUGGAUGGAAUGACAGAUGAAGGUCUCUCUGUGUUGGGAUCCUGUUGCAGUCCUCCAGUCUUACAGGCCCUGCAGAUCCUGGUGCAGCAUGUGGCAGCAGGGAGUGGGGAGACCAUCUCUCUGAGAGAUGCAGGUCUGGCUGUUCUGACUGAGGAGGAGCUGUAUCAGAGGACAGAGAGUCUCUUUGGUCACUCUGAAGUUACACUGAAGAGAGAGGGGGACACACUGAGGACAGAGAUGAAGGACCAUCCUGGAUACCUUCCUCUAGUCAUGAGUAUCACUGUGAAAGGCCUGGCCUCUUUAGUGUAAGGAGGGAGGGAGAGGGAGAGAGAGAGAGACCAUGCAACUUGUAAAUCCUAUUUGAACUGAUACACUCAGUAUUCCAUUCCAUGUCUUACUCUUGCACUAGUUGAGCCACAGAACUAGUGAUCAACAGUGAAUGUACCCUUGUAAUGUUUUCAGUAAAGUUCAACAAACGAUA